GCAAUUUACACUUAUUCUGUGCAUGCUGCUGAUGGCGUGUGGAGGCUUGAGCCUGGCUAGUGAAGAAGCAGAACCCCGAAAUUCUCAAACAGACACUGGGACGGGCUCAAACUCUAACGCAACUGAAGAGGGUGGUCAUGGAGCGGCGCCCAUCACUACACUGCCUAUUGUGACCUGGAAGUGGCAUCACGUCACCACACAGUACCUGGUGGCCCUGUGGAUCCUGGUUGCCUGGCUCUGCAAACUCAUCAUUGAGUCCAACCACCAUGUCACCAACGUCAUACCCGAGAGCGUCCUGCUCAUCUGCUUCGGUUUUGUUUUGGGUGGCAUGAUUUGGGGUGCAGACAAGAUGCAGACCUUCAGACUGACCCCGACAGUCUUCUUCUAUUUCCUGUUGCCUCAAGUCAUUCUGGACGCAGGCUACCACAUGCCAAACAAACUGUUCUUCACCAACCUGGGUGCCAUCUUGGUCUAUGCUGUCAUUGGGACCUGCUGGAAUGCUGCCAGUUUGGGGCUGUCGCUGUGGGGGUGUCACAUGGGAGGAUUCAUGGGUGACCUGGACAUCAGUCUGCUGCAGUACCUUCUUUUUGGCAGUCUGAUGGCUGCUGUGGACCCCGUGGCCGUCAUCGCUGUGUUUGAGCAGGUCCACGUUAACGACGUCCUCUUUAUCAUAGUGUUUGGAGAGUCGCUGCUCAACGAUGGUGUAACAGUGGUGCUCUUCAAUGUGUUUGAUGCAUUUGUGUCACUGGGAGGAUCCCAAAUUGAUGCUGCAGAAAUUGCUAAAGGAAUAGUUUCCUUCUUCGUGGUUGCAUUUGGUGGUUCCCUUGUGGGCAUAGCAUUCGGCCUACUAAUUUCACUUCUGACCAGAUGCACAAAAAAUGUCAAGAUCAUCGAGCCAGGCUUCAUCUUUGUCAUGGGAUACCUUUCCUACCUGACUGCUGAGAUGCUUUCUCUGUCUGCUAUCCUUUCGACUACAUUCUGCGGUGUGUUAUGUCAGAAGUACGUCAGAGCAAACAUGCAUGAGCAUUCAGUCCAAACUGUCAAAUAUGCCAUGAAGGUUUUCGCCAACGGAUCAGAAACCAUCAUCUUUGUUUUCCUCGGUAUCUCGGCCAUCGAUAAGGUUAUCUGGGUUUGGAACACGGGCUUCAUCCUCCUCACAGUCUUCUUCGUCUUUGUGUAUAGAUUCAUUGGUGUGUUUUUCCUCACCUGGAUCCUUAACAGGUACAGGCUGGUCCCGCUGGAAUUCAUAGAUCAGGUGAUUAUGAGCUACGGUGGCCUACGAGGGGCUGUUGCAUAUGGCCUGGCUGUGAUGCUGGAUGAGAAUAAGAUAAAAGAGAAAAACCUGAUGGUCUGCACUACACUCAUUGUGGUUUACUUCACUGUCAUCUGGCAGGGAAUGACGAUGAAACCUCUGGUCACGUGGCUGAAAGUAAAGAGAGCUGAAGUGAAAGAGCUCACACUCCUAGAAAAAAUGACAAACAAGAUGUUUAAUCACACUCUGGUCGCCAUAGAAGACAUAUCAGGACAAAUAGGACACAACUGUCAGAGGAGCAAGUGGAAGUAUUUUGAGGAGAAGUGGAUGUCGAGGAUUUUGAUGAAGCCGUCUGCAAGGAAGAAACAAGAUGAAGUUUUUAAUGCCUUCCAUCAGCUGAACCUCAAGGAUGCCAUGGAAUACGUGGCUGAAGGCGAGCGUAGAGGCUCACUGGAAUUUAUCCGUAAAGAAAGUGUUGCUAUUGAUUUCAGGAAAAAGUUUGAAAGUGAACACUCAGAGGACAUGCCUGGCAUGAGGGUGGACAUGUCAAAUGGUCACUGUGCAAAGCCCACUACGAGAGACCCUAUUCCAUCAGUGAGAGUGGAAAUGCACAAGCAUGCCAUGAAGGCUAAGAACGAAGCUGAGGCAGUUAACGCUCACAACCUUCUGGAUCAGCAUCUUUACAAGAGCAGGAAGCAGCAUCGCCACAGGUUCAGUCGCAGCAAAUUCAUAAUCAACAAAGAUGAGAAAGAAGUCCAGGAGAUCUUCAAGAGAACCAUGAAGAACCGAAUGGAGUCAUUCCAGCCUGCAAAGACGGGCGUUUCACCAAAGACGGUCAUCAAGCACACAAAGAAGGAACACCAGCAGAAGAUGCCAAAAGGAAAGUCAAUAAGCCAGACUAAACUCUCCUAUUCGGGUGAUGAAGAUUUUGGGUUCUCAGAGGGAGAGAGCACCUCUGGCUAUGACUUGCCAUACCCUUCUUUCCCCAUGAGAGAUUCCAAACCAGGAGGUGGGAUUGAGAACUCAGCCUUUGUGUCAGAUUUGUACCCCACGGAUUCAUUGCAGAUCCCUCCUUGGCUGGCAGAGGGUGAGCUCGACAGCAGCAUGGUGGCUCCGUCACUGCGAGCCCAGGCAAGCCCGCCCACAUCACCGAUGGAAAUGCGCCACCUGGGGCUUCUUCGUGUCAGCACUCGCUCCACUGACACAAAGCAGAUGAACAAUGAUCAAUUGCCGCUGCCACCAACACAUCCUCCUCCUCCACCUCCCAGUAGCCACAUGUAA